GACGUAAACUAACAUAGGAGCAGUCAGUCAAGUGCAGUUUGUUUGUUUGUUGCCGUUUUAGAGUUCCAUUUCAAAUAUUUGUUCAGCUUUGUGUGGUUGGAUAUUACCAUCAUAUCUUCUAGAUUGAAAGGAUUUCAAGAUUGUGGCCAAUGUUUCAACUGGAUUGUAAUGAACAUUCAACACAAGGUGGCUUCCGGGGGCAGACGACACGAAGAGAGCUCGGUUUUGAUUUUUCUCAGCUGUCAGCCACAAUGAAACAGGAGUUUAACUGUUAGUCACUGCAACCUAUCAUUUGAAUACCUUCGCAAACAACGAUUAGGCUUUUCCACCGUUGCCACAAAGCCUUCCUACACUUCUCACACCCGUAUUGUAUUUGUAAACACGAAGGUUUGAAGUCAUUCGAUCAGACAUUCUCACGUUCACCGUUGAUUCAGAGCUUCCUAUUAUUUUCCCUCGUCGUAUCUGGACGACGUAACGACUGCAUGAUUUUAUCGUAUACGUCAUCAACAUCUGGAUUUUACUACAGGGUAUGUCAAAAACAACAUCGAAAACAUUACUGACUGGAGAAAAUCAAGUGGCAAUCAGCAUGAAGUAAAUGUUGCCAAGUGAUUAAGACAGAAGAGGAUAUACAUUUUUACAUCAUGUCACACAAUUUAGAGGAUUUUGGAGAAGAGACCAGAGGUGCAUUCGGUGAUGAUGCGGCUGGUGUUGAUCCUGAGUUGUUCAUGAACACAGAUGAACCCGAGUUGGAGUUUGAUGUCGAUGGCACAGAGCUGUCCUCUACAAAAGAAGCUGAGCUCGAUGCAGAAUUAGAUGAAGGUUUUCCAGAGAACGACAUACAUGUGCCUCAGCUAGACUGGAAUAUUGAGUUGGCAAAGGAGGCAGAAGGUGGAGCGUUCAGGAGCGGGGCAAUCACACCUGAUGGCAUCAUCGAGGAGGACUUCGAGAAGGUGCUGGGCACGCCCCAGGAGGAGGAGGCACAGAGUGAGUUCAGUGAUGUGGAGAAGUAUGGGAUCAUUGAAGUUGCAGGUGACGAUUUGUGGGGAAGAAAGGUUAUUGUGUUUUCAUCGUGUAAGCUGCCUUCCAACAAGACCUUUGAUCACCAGAGACUCUUGCAGUACAUACGCCACACUCUGGACCAGUACGUGGAGGAAGACUAUGUGAUAGUCUACUUCCACUAUGGCCUCUCCAGCAGAAACAAGCCCAAACUAUCCUGGCUCAUGCAAGCAUACAAGGAGUUUGAUAGAAAAUACAAGAAAAAUCUAAAAGCUUUAUACUUGGUGCAUCCUACAAACUUCAUCAAGAUUCUAUGGAACAUCUUCAAGCCAUUUAUAAGUGCUAAGUUUGGCCGGAAGAUGAUGUAUGUGGACUACCUGAUGGAGCUGAAGAACCACCUCCACUUUGACCAGCUGUCUGUCCCGCCUCCGGUUCUAGAAUAUGAUGCAAAGAAGGUUGCAGCCAGGAAGCCUCAGUAUCCAUACAACCAGGGCACCUCACAGACCGAUGGUGGGCCUCUCAAGACACAGCAGUUCGGGGUCACAUUACAGUUCAUCAAAGAACAUAGUGGGAGAAUAAUUCCAGUUGUUGUUGAACAAACAAUAGAAUACCUCAAUGUUCAUGGUUUAGAAGUGGAGGGUAUUUUCAGAAGAUCAGCAAAUGCUGUCACUUUAAGGGAAGUCCAGAAGAAGUACAAUAACGGGGAACCAGUUGACUAUAAUUGUGAUGCAUAUGACGUUCACACCGCUGCUGUGAUACUCAAGACAUUCCUUAGAGAACUUCAGGAACCUAUCCUUACAUUCGACCUCUUUGAACCGGUCACAAGGCUGAAUGUGAUUGACAGCAAUAAGCAUGUGUUCGAGACUGAGCGUAUGCUGAGGGAGGAGCUCCCGGAGGACAACUACAUUAUCCUUAAACACAUCGUACAUUUCCUGACUGAGGUGGUGUCCCACUCUGACGUGAACAAGAUGACACCUAUGAAUCUUGCCAUUGUGUUUGGUCCCAACUUGCUGUGGUCUAAGGGCCAAGCUUCACUAACAACCAUGGGUGCUGUCAACAGCUUCGCACUCAUACUCAUUAAAAACUUUGAGGAUGUUUUCAAGAGAUGAUUUUAUUGAAUUGUCUCAUAUGUAUAAAGUGUACAGUCUUGUCAUCUUACUGCGGAAGAUAUGUCAGACAUCUUAUUGAGAGCAAAAGACUAAAAAAAGUCAGAGGUAGAGUCUUACAAUUUUAAGGUGAAAAUGAAAAUUGACAGUUUUUAAAUCAUAAACAAAUUGUGAUUCAAAAGCAUUUUCUGUUUUGAAAGCAAAAUGUUCACAAAAUAUAAAAUUAUGAAUAUUUCCUUCUUUCUAUUUGAAACUUUGGAGAAGAAUUUAAAGUAAACCAGUUGUUUUGGUACAGAUGGAUAAUAUGAUUUCGAGACAUUACUUUCCCAGCGGAUCUGUUGAUGAUUGCAUUAGAAAGAACAAGACUUGGUACUCAAGAAUAAUAUAGAAGACAAACCUUAUUUUGUAUACCUUAUUAUAUAAAAUAUUUAUUCUUAAGUAGAAAAAAUGAUAUUAGGAUAUAGAACUCACUGGAUAGUUAGGCUUAUUUACAGAAAUGUUACUGUUGAAGCUACAUUUAAGCAUGUUUACAAGCUACAGUGCUACCUAAAGUCCUUGAAUAAACUCUUUGGAUUGAAUUGGAGACAUUUUUGCAAAGAUUGAUGUAGUCUGAAUAACAGUUAUUUCAGGGGUAGAAACUAAC